AUGGGACGGUUUGGCCUCUCUCUCCUCCGCCACAUCUCUACGCUUCCCUCCUCCAUCAGUGUCCAUCGAGCCACCAGAACAUGCUGCCUUCACCAAAGGGUCUCCGUGUCUUGCUCCCGCAGCACCAACCUCAGCUGCCAGCAGAGGACUGUGAGCACCGCCGUCAGCCAGCAGGAGCUGAGCGGGCCUGAGCAGAGACUGCUGGAUAAACUGUAUGGUGGACUGAUCGGAGGACAGCGGGCGUCUCUGGCUGAGUCCAUCACUCUGGUGGAGACUCAGCAUCCCAGGAAGAAGGAGCUGGCCCAGGUGCUGCUGCAGAGGGUGCUGGCUUACAGGAGGCAGCAGGAGAGCUGUAAUGGAGGGAAGCCAGUGGCCUUUAGAGUAGGUCUGUCCGGUCCCCCCGGAGCAGGGAAGUCCUCGUUCAUCGAGGUGGUGGGAAAGAUGUUGACCGGACGAGGACAUAAAUUGGCCGUGCUGGCUGUUGACCCGUCCUCCUGCACCACAGGAGGAUCUCUGAUGGGCGAUAAGACUCGUAUGACUGAGCUCUCAAGAGACAUGAAUGCUUUUAUCAGGCCGUCGCCCACCUCAGGAACACUCGGUGGUGUCACCAGAACAACCAAUGAGGCGAUUGUUCUGUGUGAAGGGGCGGGAUAUGACGUCGUCCUUGUAGAGACAGUAGGUGUUGGACAGUCAGAGUUUGCAGUGGCAGACAUGGUUGACAUGUUUGUGCUGCUGAUUCCACCAGCAGGGGGCGACGAACUCCAGGGUAUCAAGAGGGGCAUCAUUGAGAAGGCCGACUUGGUGGUGGUGACAAAGUCGGAUGGAGACCUGGUGGUGCCGGCCAGGAGGAUCCAGGCCGAGUACACCAGCGCGCUCAAGCUGCUCAGGAAGAAGUCCAAGUCCUGGAACCCGAAGGUGGUGCGCGCCUCCUCACACACCAAUGAGGGCAUCCCAGAGGUCUGGGCUAAAAUGGAGUCGUACCGGGAUGCCAUGUUGGCCAGCGGUGAACUGCAGGGCAGGCGCAGGGCCCAGCAGAAGGUUUGGAUGUGGAGUCUGAUCCAGGAGAGCGUCCUCAGCCAUUUCCAAAACCACCCCAGUGUCGGAGAGGCUCUGCCCCACCUCGAGGAGAGGGUCACCAAAGGAGUCAUCUCUCCAGGCCUGGCUGCUGACUUGCUUCUCAAAGCCUUCUCUUCCUCAUCAUCAUAGUAAUCCAUGGGACUGCACUUUUUUUUUGAGAAGAAUGGAUGCCUCUUAGCUGAUCUGGGCCAUUCAGUGCCAAGUAAAGCAGGACAAAGUAAGCAUAUGUGACCUUGACUCUGUGGUUUGCACAAAAAAGAAGCAGCUUUGCUCUUUUUAAACAUAAUUUUAGAUUUAAAAAACCUGAGAUACAAGACACCCCUCUGCAGAGACUUCAGUGUCUGAAAGCUUUAAUCCAAAUCACAAGAGAAGGAGAGUGCUGACUGUCGUCACUUUUCAUCCUUGACUUCAAGACACGAUCACAUUUGGCAAAAUGAAACAUUUCAUUUGUGCCGUGAGAUGUGAGCUGAGCGAUCAACGGGCUGAAGAAGACGCUGGGACUUUUAUUGUUGGACAGGAACACUCCAGACCUUCAUGAACUGUUUUAAUGAGAUUAGUAAAGGAGGAAUGUAAAGGUCAUGUUGGUACACUUGAAGAAUAGCUUGACCAAUAUCCUUCAUUUUUACGAACAAGGUCAUUAAACGGUGAAACUAUGACUCGUCCGUGCCAUAAAUAUUAUGGUGAUGAAUGCUGUAAUGGAGAUGUGAACCGUGAUGGGCCAUUUUCACUGCCAGUCUCGCACACCUUCGUCGUAAUCAAUCGCACACACUGUUUGUGACCCAAAAAGGAAAAAGUAUCAGUGAAAGUAUUAGGCUUAGGGAAAUGGGUUUUGUCAUGGUCACCUGUAUCUGUUGUGGAACUGCCUCGGAUGGUGCUCUAAUAGCUAAUUUUCCUCUGAAGAGCAACAGCACUUUGAAAAUGUGUUUUUUAAUUUGCUAUUUUGUUUCUGGGUGGAAUCCUAUUAAAGAAUGAUGUGAAUCUUAAAUGGAUAAGUGAAUAACAUUAAAUCUGUCAGUGCAGUUGGCCGAGCUUUUCUCUCUCCUCGUGUUUGCUCUUGAUAUGAAAAAAGGGGGAGUGAUUAAUGUUACCUCUACGAAUAUUAGUCCUGAGAUUUGUCACAGAUUUAAUGAGAUUUCUUUUCUGCUCUCCGGAGCCAGAAAUGUCAGUGCUAGGUAUCCUCUGAAUGAGUCAGCUGCACGCUUACUUCUAAUUCAGGCAAAACACACUUUAAUAUUUUCAGAAUUGACUUCAUAAUGCACUGUACUCCCGGACACCACCGGAGAACCGAAGACAAAGAAGUCACACACUCAUAACUCCAGUGCAGCUCCUUUUAUUAUUUAAGGAGAGAGAUAACGCAGUAGACUCUGGUGUCGGUGACAUAAUCUAUAGAGGGGCAUUUUCUAAUUACAGAAAUCACACUUAUCGGUGCAAACAGGUGUGUGGUUAAUUCAAAUACAUGUAUAUUUUUUUAAAAGUGGAAAAAGAUCCGAAGUUGACAUCUGAAGAUUUCUUGUUUUUGUCCAGGAGCCCACAAAUGCGCAGUUUAUGAUCCUGUAAAAGAGAGAAAAGCAACAAAUUCCUCCCAUAUCCAAGCUGGAGUCAACAGAAUUUGUGGAUUUUUGCAUGAUAAAUGACUUAAAUAAUGAAUCAGUUAUUAAAAUGUAUAUUUUUUCAGAUCAACUCAUUGUUUAAUCAUCACAUCAUUUCAGCUAAAAUGCAGACACGGAUCAUAGUUCAGGAGUUUUUUAUUUCUCUUUUUGUGUUCAUGGUGUUUUUAUAUUAAGUCACUACAUGAAGCAACACGAUUUAUACUGUAAACCAGACGGUACAAUUUGUGAACCACGUAAUCAGGAAACUGACUCAGAAGUGUUGAUUUAACUCCAUGGUGGUUUUCUGGAACUAUAUUUAUAUUUUUGAUCUUGUGCUGACUUGCUGAAUAAAACAUUUGUUUAUU